AUGCCUGGCGUACCGUCAAGUCGUGGCUGCGAGGCCUGUCGGAGGCAGAAGAAAAAGGUUUGCGACCAACUCAAACCAGCGUGUACGCGAUGUGUUCGUCUUCAAAUUGCUUGUGUGGGAUCUGGUCAGAAACGGUUCACAUUCAAGGAAGGCUACUCGUGCAAAGGCCCAGGCGCUAUAGUUUUAUCGCGCGCAUGUCAGAUCCCUAGUAAUGACACGGUGGACAUCGCCAAAGACUUUAUUGAAGUCCUGCAAGUCACCGACAUCCGUUACGACGUGACGUGGUAUGGGCCCUUUCUAGAAAGCCUUCCUCGGCGUAUCGGAUCUAGCCCUGCCCUAGAUGCGGCGGUCGGCGCAGUGGCUAGUGUUGUCAAGGCGCUGCGUACGCAGAAGAAUUUCCCAGACGCGAUGGCACGCUAUGUGAAGGGAUGGAAGGCUUUGAGGACGUGUUUGAGUGACCCGGAGCAAACAAGAUCAAUACAUACGGUGUGCGCGAUCUAUCUGAUGAUGAUAUGUCAGAGCUGGGUUGGGCGACCAGAUGACCCUUUCGCAAAUCACGGAGAGAUCCUCACUCAGAUCCUCAACGCAGCCGUCUCGCAGACCGGCAGAGGACAGUUUGAAGACAACAUGAUUGUCAUGUUGAGUAUGCCAGUGGUUAUGCAGAGUAUCGUUGAUCCCACAAUUCCCCUCGGGUCCUGGUUCUGGGCGAUUGCCAAAUCGUAUGGGACACAGCGACCGAUCCUCAGUAACCAUGGCACUCAGCUUCCAAGUCUCCAAUUCCCUUGUAUGGUUCAGAUAGCACAAUGGAUUCGCGAUCCCGGUCUGCAUUUGCUCGAUAUCGACGCGGCGUACAAUCAACUGAUUACGGACUGCGUGACGAUGCGUGCCGUACUGGAUAGAUUCACGGAAGCCGAUAUACCAGGUGCCACACGGUCAGGAAAUCGUUUGCAAACCCGUCCGCAGGCCUCGUACUCGAUGUUGAUCUGCCUCGCUCUUGUGCUGAACCAAGUGAUACGCAUCUUCGAACCGAAUAACAUUCCGCUGCUCGAUGAAUCAGCGGAUCUGGUUAGCGAAACAAUUUGGCUUGCGCGGCUUGCAGAGAGAUACCGACCCUUUGGGGUGAGCUUCAUGCCAGUUUUGCUCGUCAUGUCAUGGAACGCAACGGAGGACAUUGAUGUGAGGAGUCAAAUCCAAGAGAUCCUGGUCGGGUAUGAGGCCGACUUUCCCGCGGUCAAAUGGGUGGAGACGUGUUACUGGAUGCAGAAUAAAUAUGAUGAGAUACGCAGAACGCAGCUAGGCGCGUUGUUUGCCGCUGCUUGCUGA